CAACAGCUUGAGGUGAGUAGUUUGCACUGCUGGUCUGAGGCAGCUUGGAGCAUAGAGACAGUUUGCUGCAGGCUCUGGGGCUCGCAGGCAGCGAGAAGCAGGCUCAGGGACCUUGCGGUGGCAUUGAAGCAGGCUCUGGGACAGCAAAAGAAAAAUCUAUCUCAGUCACUGACUGCAAAGCCAAAUGAGCAGAAUGGGUCCCAAAUAGCCCACGCUGGAGCCGGGGAGCAGGUUGGGGAUGUGCCGGUGCGGGACUUUUCUGACCCUGGUGGAGGAAGUGCGAGGCAUCGGACUCAGAGGCUGCUUGUGUGAGCCCCAGCUGAAGGGCAUCGUCACACGGCUCUACUGCAGACACGGAUUCUACCUCCAGAUGCUGCCGGAUGGCACCAUGGAAGGCACAAAGGACGAAAGCAGCUCCUUUUUGCAGUUCAACUUGAUUCCUGUGGGACUCAGGAUAGUGGCCAUCCAGAGCACCAAGACGGGGCUCUACAUCGCCAUGAACAGUGAGGGCUACCUCUACACUUCGGAACACUUCACACCGGAAUGUAAGUUUAAGGAGUCCGUCUUUGAAAACUACUACGUCACCUACUCGUCCAUCCUGUACAGACAGACCCAGUCGGGGCGAGCCUGGUACAUUGGCAUCAACCGGGAUGGGCAGGUCAUGAAGGGAAACCGUGUCAAGAAGACCAAGGGUGCCGCUCACUUCCUGCCCAAACUUAUUGAAGUGGCAAUGUACAGGGAGCCCUCCUUACAUGACGUCGCUGAACAGAGUCCACCCAGAAAAACGCCCAAGACCUCCAGUGACUCACCUGUGCUUAACAACGGCAAGAAAGAUGCUCAGUCCAAAACCAAAACCUCCACUUCCUAGCGCUGAAAGACAUGGAGGAGAGGAGAAGGUGGACAAUCUAGGGUGAUGGUCACCAGCGGACAUCUAAAGGACGUUGUCGAGGCAAACCUCGACCUGUUGCCUGGGAUAUGGACCUGAAACUUUCUGGUUUUAAAAUGUCCAUGCAGGGGGGAGCUGGGAAAGGGAAAAUCCCUUUUAUCUUCUCAGACCUCUACCAAACGAGCCCCUUACCUAUUUAUUAAAAAGCCCCUCUAUGGUCAUCUGAACCUGGGGUGUAUAAGCAAUAACUCAGUAUAGAGCUGAACAGUGGUCUAGUGUUUUAAAGCAUGUCACCACAGCCUGUUUCACCAGCUGGAUGGACGCCCUCCAGCAGUCAUGCCAGCGAGCAUUCCUCCGGUCAACCAAAUAUCCCAGCAAGGUCUUCCUGGUUUCACCGUGACGGGUGCAACGAGAAAAUCUGUCCCCCUGCAGCUCAUUUUUCACAAAUGGGUUUUUAUUUCCCUGCAGGGUUUUCUGCUAAUGUUAACUUGACACAAAGCCAUGUUAAUGUGAGUCUGUCACACUGUUUCAGUUCUGCAGCCAUCUGCUCGGUCCACAUCUUCUGUUUGUGUCAGCAACUUUCAAAGAUGGCCUGAAUUCUCGUCAGUCAUGUUUGUGUGUGUGUGGAGGGGGGGGGGGGGGUAAUGGAGUAGUAUUUUCCUCUCUUUUUCACUCACCUUUGGCACCAUGUGAUUAGUUUGUGACAUGGAGUCAAUUUUCCACUCUGCGGCACAAUAAAACUCCCUCCUAUCCCUCUGGCUUUGUUAAUGGAGUCAGAGGCUGAUCGGAAUCUUUCAACCGUUGAACAAGGAGCCAAUCACUCCCUUGACACACUGUGUAACCACACACUCUUAUGUAUUCUGUUGUACUUACAUACCAAAAUGAUCUCAUGACCAUUACAAUGACACGCACACAAGCAUGGAUGCAUUCAUAUAUUCAUACAGUGGCAGGUGUGUGUUCUGGGAGAUGAUGAAGAUAUGAGUAGUAAUGGAGCUUAUGUGGUUCCACUGCAAUAGCUUUUCUUUUGCACAAACGCUCUAGGGCCAUUUAGCAUCUGCAUGUCAUUGUCAUUGAACAAAAUAUGCAGGAUUUUCAUUUUUCAUUAAUAAAUCAAAAAUGUACUACAAACCUAUAUUGAGCUGUAUAUGCAGAUAAUGAGCCACAUUGUCAAAUCAUCACAAAUCUUGCAUUUUACUAUACUCAUCUCACUGACGUUAUCCUGCAAAUUUCUGCAACCCUAACCAAACCCAAACAUUUAAUAGUGCUUAAUUUUAUGGAUAUUUGACCACUACAUUAAGCAGUUUGGUAUGAUGUGGUAUUUAUAUUUGAUUAUGUUUGUACUGUAAGAAAAUGGAUUCGUGGGAAAAAUGGCAAAUCAUACAGUUGUGCAGACAGUUUCUUUUUAUAGAAUGCAAAGUCCAAAUUCAAACCAAAACUUCAAGUUUAAACUAUGAGAUUAGAGCUGUUGGUUACAAUUUCUUUCGGGUUUACCUCCAGUAGACAACAGCCAGAGUGAAAUUAGUUGGCAAAUUUAAGGGGAAGUUCUCAAUCGGGAGUCUAGCAAACUCUUUUUUAAGCUACCUACCCCUACAACUAACAAUUAAUUGGAUAUGAGCUACUGGCCAAUCGGAGUUCAGCUAACAAUUAGGAAGUUAAACUAACGACUGUUCAUAUGAGCUAACUGCUUCUCAGGUUUAGGUAAAAACUCUAUAAAGCCAAGCUAAAGGCCAUUUAAAGUCCAGAUAAUGGAUAGUCAGAGUCAAGCUAACAUCUACCCAGAGUCAAGCUAAAAGUUACUCAGUCAAGCUAACAGCUACACAUAGUCAAGCUAGCUCACAGUCGAGACAAUAUCUACUUAUAUUCAAGCUAACAACUACUCAUUUCCCAGCUACAGCUCAAAGUCGAGCUCACAUCUAGCGACUAAUUACAGUCAAUCUAAAAAUUGCUCAGAACAAGGUCUAUGGAAACAAUUAUUUCCCCACUCUGAAACUCAUUGUCACUUGCACAAGACAGUUGUUCUCUUUAUUAUUUUUUCAUUUAUCCAAGACGAACCAUUGAGGUUGCAGUUCCUUCCAGCCACCGUAUUCAAAGCAAGACUCAAUUUCUUUGAUACCUGGGGUUCAUGUGGAUAAAUGUAAGGACUGGACUGUACAAGCUGCCAGGCACAGCACUAUAUUUCUUUUUUCAUGGUGUCUUAUUUCUUUUUUAUUGUCAUCAACAUAGAUAAAGAACACAUCCAUCCAUCUAGUUUUACAGUGUAGUAAUAAUGUUCAAGGUUAUAUUUCACCAAAGUGGUAGAAAGCAUAAAUGGAUGUCAUCAUAUGGUGGGGACUAGAGGAUAUGGUGUUUGGGUAUGUGCACCAGAACACAAUAAGCAAUAUUUGUUUCACAUCAAAUUUUCUUGGAAUAAUGUUCUCAGUAGAGUAAUUAUUUAUAGCCUAAUGGUAAUGUUUCAUAUAAAAUGAGGGGAGUACCAUUUAUUCAGGCCCUGAAAGUAAAGCAACACAAAAGAUCUGAGUGAAGAAAAAUGGAUUGGAUAAAGGAGGCAAAAGGACAUUUUAGAGGGGCGAAUUAGUGGUGAUAAGCAGAACAAAAAGAGAUUGAAGAGGGAAUUAUUGCACUGGACGGAUGCACUUUUUUCCAUGCCUCUCCUCCCAUGCAUAAUCCUCUGCUCCCCUGAACCAAUAGUUGUAAACAAUAAUAAGUGAUAACCAAAUCAGGAGAAACGCUGAGCAAAGUAACCUGCUACCUGGGAGAAAAAGCUUUCCGGAGGAAAUUGAAAGCAGUCAGAUCAUGAAUAAAAAAUAAAAAUAGCAAAGGAAAUAUACUAAGACAGAAAAUGAGGAAGUAAGAAGAGAACAAACAAACUAAAGAAGUACUUUCAUAAUUUGUCAUCUGUUGAUUUUUUUCACUCAGGCUAGUUUUGACACUGAAGGCCAUUAAUUAACCACCUAAACAGACCUUUGGUUUGGUUGUGUUUGACCACACCGCCUCUAUGGAUCUCUAUAUCCAUUGCUUGGUAAUGUUUUGCUAAGUAAUUACUUAAAUGUUUCACUAAAUGGGGCUUCAGUCUGUUUGAUUAGAAUUCCCUGGGACUGUAUACUGUUAGGUAAAUACAUAGAAAUAAUUUAGCAAACACGAUUCUGAACAAAACUUUUUUAUGGACAUGCAAAUCUGUGUUUCAACAUUUUGAUCAUUAAAGUUAUGGAUGUUAUUUUCAAAGUUUGAUUGGAGUUUGAACCAAAGAAUAAAAACGUAAAUCUGUUAAGGGCUAAAGUUUUGUCUACGAGAGUUAUGUAUUGGUUAUGCAAAGAAAAUGUUUUAUUUUAGUUAAGAGCCCAUAUAGAAUUCAAUUUACAGGAUUUGUCUAAGCCGUUUUCAUAAAUAAGGGUAAUUCACAGUUUUCACAUAAGCAGAUGCAUUUGCCUGUCAACACAUAAAUAAAACCGAUAUGAAUUGUUAACAGAAUACUGUGAAACGAACCUUCUUGUUGCAACAUAUAAGUGCAAACUUUCUUUAAGUAAAUUGUUCCCCCAACUAUUUAAAAAGUUGCCUCAAGUUUGUGAUGAAGUCAUUGUGAUUGGUAAUAACCUUUGAGCUUUACUGAUUUUUGUUUUAUAGAUUAUAGGUAAACAUUUGAUUGGAUAGUUUGUUUUAAUAAUGUGGGGCUAUAUAGGCUAGUUAUGAGUUGUCAGUAUCCCCAAGUUGCCAGUUGCCAGAGCAGUCUUGGUUUGGGGAAUCUGAAUGAAAUUAAACUCAUGGUUUUACUAAUAUUUUGAUUGAGAGUAAUACUGAGUAUUUUACCACUUCACUACUUUUAGAUGAGAUAUUUAUAAAAACUAUAUUUUCUUAACCAAAUAACAUUUGUUUUGCUAGGCUAACGUGCAAUGAGACCAAUGAGAACCAUUUUAUGGUUUGUUAUGAAAGAUACAGAUUUUCUGUAUUUUAUGUCACUAAUUUCAAAACGUGACACAUAUAUUAAGUAGAUUUGUUAUAAACUGAAAAAUAUUGAGCCUUUAUUUGUUGUAAUAUUGAUGAUUAUGGUUUACAGAUAAUGAAACCCAAAAUGCAGUGUGUUAGAAAAUUAUAAUACAUGAUAAAAUGAGGAUAUUUUAAACAGAAAUGUCAGACUUCUGAAAAGUAUGUUGAUUUUGAUGCACUAAAUACUUGGUUGGGCCUCCUUUUGCAUCAAUUUACUGCAUCAGUGCAGCAUGGUAUGGAGGCGAUCAGAUCGUGAUUCUGCUGAGGUGUGAUGGAAGCCCACGUCUUCUGCAUUGUUGGGUCUGGUGUCUCUCAUCUUUCUCUUGACAACACUCCAUAGAUUCUCUAUAGGGUUUGGGUUAGGCCAGUUCCUGGUAAAUGAAACACAGUAACAUCAUAGUCAUUUUAGUCAUUGAACCAGCAUUUGGUACCUUUGAGUGUGUGGGCCAGUACCAAGUCCUGCUGGAAAAGAAAAUUCGCAUGUACAUAAGCAGGAGUAAAGAUAAAGUGCUCUAAAAUUUCCUGUUAGAUGGUUUCAUUGACUGUGGACAACAGGAAACAAAGUGGACCAGCAGAUGACAUUGCAACCCAAACCAUCACUGACUAGGGAAACUUCACACUGGACUUCAAGCAAUGUGGACUCUGUGUUUCUCCACUCUUCCUUCAAACUUGAUUUCCAAAAUGAAUUUCCAAAUGAAAUGCAAACUUUACUUUCAUCUGAAAACAGGACUUUGGAGUACUGAGCAACUGCCUAGGCUCUGGUUCAGGAGUGGCUUGGCAUUAGGAAUAGGACAAUUGUUAGCACACGUAGAGGAUUUGUCUCUGCUUAGUGGCUCUUGAUGUGCCGACACUAGCCUCUGUACACUAGUUCCCAAAUCUUGGAAUGGAUUUUACUUGACAAUUCUCUCAUGGCUUCAGUUAUUGCUAUUGUUGGUGCACCUUUUUACUACACUUUAUCAAUCCACUCAAAUUGCUAUGAAUAUUCUUGGAUAUAGCUCUCUUUGAACAACCACCUUCUUUAGAAACAACUUUUUGUGGCUUACUCUCAUACCUGUCAUUGACUUCUUCUGGACAUCUGUCAAGUCACCAAUCUUCCCCAUGAUUGUGUGGCCUACUGACCCAGGCUGAGAGACCAUUUAGAGGCUCAGGAAACCUUUGCAGGCGUUUUGAAUUAUUUAGCUGAUUAGGGUGUGACACCAGAAGUUUCCAAUAAAAAUUGUUUACAAUACUCAAAUUUUUGGAGACACCGAAUGUGUUGUAUUCAUUAUUUCUAAGCCAAAACCAUAAGAAUUGCGAGAAAGAAGGGCCUGGAAUAUUUCAAUCUAUGUGUAAUGAAUGUUUACAAGGUAUUCAUUUUCUUCAUUGAGUGAAAAAAUUUUGAACUUUUUCAUGACAUUCUGUUUUUUAGAUGUACAUGGAGCUUGACUCUAAGUAAAGGUGAGUUAAGUUGUUAGCUUUAAUUAGCUGUUAGCUUAGGGUGACCAGACAUCCCUGAUUUCCGGAGACAGUCCCCAUUUUAGAUGACCUGUUAAAGCUGUCCCUGAAAAUGUCAACAAGGAUUCGUCCAAAGUAAGACGUUUUAAAAUAAAUGGGUGACCUUUAGUUUAGUUAUGAGUUUUUGGUUAUUGAAAGUUCCUCACAAACAAAUAAAGCAGUUAACAGAUAAUCACCUGGUUAAAUGUGCAUUUCGUCUUCUGUAUCAGCUUGUAGGUCGAAAUAAAAAUAGUUGGGGGGUUUUGCUAAAUAAAGCAAUUAUGGCAUUUCAUCAGCUGAGAAAACUAGUCAAAUAAUUAAAGAAACUGUGAUAUUUACAAGAUUGUAUUAGUAUUCCCUAGAUUCUCAUCUAAAAACUUCUAAAGGGUAUUUGAAAUAAAAAUCUGAUUUUGUUUGUUAAAUUGUAAUUUUUCUGUAUUUUAUACAUUCUAUUGAAUUUGGAGAAGAUUGUGAUUGUUUCUGCUUUAGAAUAGCGAAAGACUGAUAAAAGGGGAGAGAGUAUGAAAAUAGAUUUGUAGAAAGAGGAGUAAAGCUAAACGGAAGGGAAGAAAGGAAAAGCAGGAGAGGGAAUUGGACAGACUUUGUUCAUUUAAUUUUUAUUAGGAAAUGCAAACAGUGUGGAUAGAAACUUUUAAGUAUUAUAUUUGAUUUUUAUUGUUUAAAUAUGAAUAAAUAUUUUAAAAUAAAUGAGACCGUAACUGUACCAAUGUUUACAAUAUAUCUUGAUAACAUUUAAUUAUUUUAAUCUCUGAACUGCAAAUGUCCCGGGAUCUGAUUUCAGAACUCUGGUUACCUUAUGUUAGCUGAACUAUGAGUAGCUUAUAGCCUGGCUCUUAGUAGAUAUUAGCUUAACUCCAAGUAGCCAUUAGCUUGAUUCUGGUUAACUGUUGAUUCUGAGUAGUAAUUAUCUAUCUCUAUUUAGGUUUGAGCUGGACUUUAGUUACCUGUUAGCUUAACUAUAGUUAGCUGUUAGCUUUACUCUGAGUUGCCAAUAGCUUGAUUUUUGUCAGUUGUACACUUAACUUGAGUAGUUGUUGACCUGAUUCUAGUUACUUGUGGGCUUGACUUCUUGAGUAGCCAUUAGCUUGACUCUAGUUAGCUGUUAGUUUGACUCUAAGAUGUUGUUAAUUUUGACUUUGAAAAGCUGUUAGCUUGAGUCUACUUAACUCGACUCUUUUGAAUGAUUCAUAAGACUUUUUUAUCCAAACUAAUAUCACUCUCGAUGUUAGGUACUAAGAUACAGAUUGCUCACAACCACUCCCAAAAAUCUCCCUAUGACCUUUAAAUAAACGGGGGAAGUUUUAAAUAAGAUUAUUGUAUUUUGUAGAAGAUGUAACAUUGACCGAAGUCACAAGUUGAUUUAAAUGUCAACACUGGUUAUUUUUCUAGCAGUCCAGAAAAGCCUAUCACUCGUGUCACAAAAAAAUCAGAUUCACCAGAUAAAUCUAUCACUUAAAAAUUGCUUUUCACUCACUGAAAUUUGUAGAUGGAUGAGCCUUUCUUGGCAGUUCUUAUACGAUUAUUUUAAUUAUUGUCCUCUCAAUGGCAGGAUUUCAUCCUGGCUUAUAAAAUUGAUUGAAGCUGUUUUUUUAUCAUUGACCUUCCCAUAUAAAUUCUGGACCAUUCUGAUUUCUCUUUUUAAAACUAUAAGGUAUAGUUAUAGGUAGGUAUAAGACAAACAUUCAACAUUUAGCAGAGAGAAGAAGUGAUGUCACUCUUUGUUAGAGCACUUGCUGUAAAACAAGGUUUUACUGUCGUUUUAAGACAAAGCGAUUACAGAAUUGACAUUUUAAACUGACUUUAACAUUCUAUAUAUUAUGUAAAGCUAGCAUUACUAAAAGGUAGAUUCUUACCUUAAGUGUAAGAUCUUGAAAAGGCUUCCAAAUUUUCCAAAUCCAGCAUGUUCCAUGACAGACAGGUUAAGAGCACAAUACAAUAAAACAGCCCCCUUGCUGUAAUGCCUUUGGCCUUCCUGUUAUCUGGUGAAAGUUUGUCUCUCUCACAGCCUGAAUGAACCGCAAAGAUCUAGCAGAAAAUACACAAUUUAAAAUAUAUUGUUAGAUCUUCUAGCUUCCUCUGACCUCAUAUUAACAGUGUUGAUGCUGAAAAUAGCUAACGCUGUGUCAUCCUCUCUCAGUAACAGCAGAAAAGAGAUGGACAGAAAAAUGUUGGUGUUACGGCCUAUGUAAAGAACAGAUUGUUGCGUUUCCGACCGACAGGUCACCAGUCAGGGCUGAUACUUAAAAUUGUCUGAUUGCAGUCAACAGCUAAUCUCUCUGUGCAUCUCUAGAGUUUUCAGAUCACAGCCAAACAUUUCUGGUUUUAAACAAAAAAUCAGAAAGUGAAUAGAUAUUGCCAUUUAAGAUCAGGUUCAUGAUAUAUAGAUAAAUAUAUUGUGUAACUCCUUGAUUGCAGUGUUAUGGAUAUAUUUUCAGGGUUACAUCAAGAAAGAAUUACUAACACAUUCAUUGCGAGUGGAGGGCAUGAUUGCAUGAGAGUGUUUUACUGUAUUCAGUCUCCAUCUUUUUAUUCCCUUGUUCUUCUGUGAGUCUGUUCCAGCCUAUCUGCUCUCCAACCCUCCAUUCUUCACUUCAAACGAUAUUGCUUGAAUUGCACCAUGUAAAGUUUGCCAUUUGUCUCUCUGGGCCGUCUAUCAGAGCACAUGUAUGAUUGGUGAACCCCACCUCCCAAUGGCUGAAUUUACCGCCUUUAACUCACAGAUGAAUGUCUCCGGUUUCCAACACCAAAACAUUAAAUAUUGGCCCCUUCUAAGAGUUUGGCAUCACCAUUUGUUCGUAUGAAAGGAGACGGAAGCCAAGUGAGCUGCUAUGGAAAGGGAGUUAAAUGAUGUAUAUCUGAUUCAGCUGCUCUCUUCACACAUAAGUUCACACACACCUCUCUCUCCUGGGACUCCCUUUACUUCCAUUUCUCUCUAGUCAGGGCCUCCCUCCAUGCUUACAGAGCGAAUUACAGCUGCAGAGAGGGGGGUCAUGCAGGGUUUUGAAGGACUCUGACACACCAGGAGAGGCUCUUACUUCCAAUAAAACCCACCUUCCCUUUAAAAAAAUGUGUAAGAGCCCUGGUGUAAAAUCUUUGUAUACAUGUGAAAAAUUAAAAUCAGUAGGGGUCCUUGGGUGAAAAGCAAUAAAGUUCAUAAACUAGAUGCAGCCACAUUCUCUGGGAGAGCACAUGGUGGAAAAAGGGGUUAAUGUGUGUGUUUUAUUGCAGCUUUUAAUUUUCUAGCACUUUGUCCCUUUUUGUGUGAUGGCUGUUUAAGUGUGCGUGCAUUAGUUUGAGGUGGAGUCCCUCCGCCACAUCUGCAAUGCAGCAGAAAACACAAAAAAGAGAGAGGGAGGAAGCGGGGAGGCUCUGACUAAAGAGUGGAGCCUUCCUCAGACUGACUUUUGGUUAAGCUGCCCCAUUGAAAGUGCUUUUAUACUGGAAUCCAGAGUGCCUACUGUCAUAUCCUGUGUAGCAACAGAUUCACUUCACAUGUAUACAUUUUUAAGGCACAUCUGCAUUGCUCCCAUCCACCCUCCAGCUUGCCAGUGAAGGAAGCAGGAUGGAUACCUUAACGAAGAUGACCAAGGAGGGACUUCACCUUUUAGCAGCUAACGCAUUUUUAUUUGUAAUUUUGAACUGCUUCCUUACCUGUCCCUGACUGUUUUGACUGUAUUUUAAGGAAAUUUGGAUUGUGAUUUGCAUAUUUAUUGGUGGAAUUACUGUGAAAUGUAUUGACAUUUACCCUGGUGUCCAUUGUAACUCCUUAUUGAGUCUAAAUGUGUGAUUUAUUGUUUAACUUGAUGUCUAAAGACAUACAUUCAUGAUAAAAUGAGCUGACCUUUAUCAGCUUUUAAGAAUAUGUAAAUCUAAUCUCAAGUGUGCAAGAGGAAACAACAGGAUCCACUCUGCCUUUAUUUAUCAAACAUCAACCAGUACCCAGCCAAAACGGACUGUACACCCCUUGAUUCCACGUCUUGUAGAACCACAGCAGGAAUGACACUUAGAAGUAAUUUUCAGUGUCUCUUGCAUCAUUGUGGAAUACUCUUUUUUUCUAACACUGCUUCAGUUCAUUCAGCAUUUCUUUCUUUAUAUGUCCCUUAAGGUCCCAUCAUAGCAUUUCAAUCAUAUUGAGGUCUGGGGUUUGACUGGUCCAUUGUAAGACCUUGAUUAUUAUCUUUUUCAGUCAUUCUGCUGUAUAUUUGCUGGUGUGUUUGGGAUCAUGGUCCUGUUCAUGGCAAAGUUUGGGCCAAGCUGUAGCACUUAGACUGGCAACAUCACAUUUAGCUUCACACUGCACCUUCACCACAGUGUUUGACAGUUGGUUAUGAGGUGUUUGUGAUUUCUGUUAAACAUGGUGCUGUGCAUUAUGGCCAGACAUCUCUACUUUAGCCUCAUCUUCCAAAAACACAUCAAUCCAACAUUGUGAUAGAGAGAAGACAUUUUUUGUUAAGUAUUUGUCUAUUUUCCUGUCUUGAACUUUAACAUUUAACAUGCCAACUGAGGCCUGUGAGAUCUGAGGUGAAGCUCUUGGGUUGUUUUGCUUUUUCUCCUGACCUUUACAUGCUCAUACCUUGAGAUGAAUUUGCUGGGACAUUGCCUUGACGAGUAAUCUUUCACACUAUAAAAUGAUGGACCUCAAAUAGUUUAGAAAUGGCCAAAUGUCCCUUCCAAGUUUGAUUGGUGGCAACAUUUGCUUUUCAGAUCAGUGUCAUUAACUCUCCAUAUUGUCGUUGUAGUAACACACAUUUAAACGAUCGAACCUUUGCAUCUAGCUGCUACUUUCCCUGUUAAAUCCUUUGGAAGCAACAUGGGUGUACUUAUUUUACAUAACAUUUUCCCUAUUGGCUUCUUCUUUGUUUAAUAAAUAAUGCCAAUGUGGAUUCUGCUGAGUGUUUUUCUGUACCAUAAAAUUAGAUUACAUACAUUUUAGAACCAGGUGAAGAUUAACUUUUUUUAGUAUUCUCCAACAAUGAAAGUGGGUGUACUUUCUUUUACCAUGAAUGCAUCUUUGUGUGUUUUACCUUUACAUUGUGGUAAAUGUGAGUAUAAAAGUUUAACUUAUAGAAAGAGGUAACUGCUCAAACCAAGCGUCUGACCUUCAACCUUCAACCUUCCUCAUCUGGAUUUUAAUCUACAACUCUCUUUCACACACACAAACACCUUCUUCAUCCAUGAAUGAGAUAUGCCAUUUCCUUUUAACUGUAUUUUUCAAGUCAUUGUGAGCUUCCACAGAAACUGUAAGGAAAUCAUCACCACGUUAUGUUUUUCUUCCCGUCUUCCAAAUGCAAAAAUAUUGCUUCAGUCUUCCAGUUAUCAAAGCCACAAUGAGACUAUUUUUGUAUUCUACUGGGGAAAAAAGUACAUAUAUCUAUUUAUCCUUCUAUGUGUAUCCAUGCAAGCGUGACAGGGGAAAUGGGGUAAAGCCUCCUGGCCCCUGCGAGGUGGAAUAACGCCGCUACACUCUGCCAUCCAGACCUACGGAUCAUUGGGGAAAAAGGAGCUAAAAGGGGGAUCAUAGAGAGAGCCGUGGAGCUCACAGACUGCAUCAACGUGGAGGGACAAUGAGCAUGCAUGCGCUGAUCUUUUACUGGACACCUUCAAAGAAACAGGAGUCACCCAGCAUUUACUCUUUGACCCCCUUUAACCACCUAAUCUUCUUCUCACUAUCCCAAACUCUGCAUUUGCAAUAUGAUCUGUAUUUAUUUCUAUAAUAACUUACACAAAGUCAAGGGAGAUGUAUUAUUGGAUAUAAUUGAAUAAAACAAACUAAUAUAUUUGUAUGAUUGUAA